AUGGUAAGAAUCUACAUCCGCUUCUCUGGUUUCAUCAUCCGCGACCCAAGAAUCAGAGCUAAUAAUAACCUCUCAUUCACACUCAUCAACAACGCUACAGGCACACAAAGAACAACAAAGUUCACAAUGAAGGAAGCCAGAACACUCAGAAAGUAUUACCACAUCGAUAUUGACUCCUUCAGCACACAUACAUUCUCCGUUCUUCUCAAUAAGCACACAGGCUUAUUCGGAAAACAACAGGUUGCAAGAUUGGACAUCCCAACCUUUGUUCUUCCAAUGGACAAAAUGAGCAUGAACUACCUCCAGAUGAAUACUGGUAACGUUAACAAUCCACCAAUCAUCUGCAAGUGCGUUCUUCACCUCCAAGAUAGAACCCAGCCAUUCAAGGCUCAAGCAAUCAAGCCAACUCUUCCACAGGCUGAUUACGAUGAUGUCUGCGAAAUUGGCUUCAACAACGAAUUUGCUGACUACAAUGACUACGAAGCUCCAUUACUUAUCUAA